CUCAGCUGAUCGGAAGUGGAGACUGUCCACGGGAGCUUUUGAGAGGGAGAAUAGACAUGGCAGAGGCCAUAGCCGAUACAAGGAGGUUGUACACCAGGCCACAGACCUUAAAUGAUGCAUAUGGACCCCCAAGUAAUUUUUUAGAGAUUGACGUGAGUAAUCCAGAGACAGUCGGCGUUGGCAGGGGCAGAUUCACUACCUAUGAAAUUAGGUUGAAGACCAACCUCCCCAUUUUCAAGCUGAAGGAGUCACGUGUGAGAAGAAGAUACAGCGACUUUGAGUGGCUCCGGAGCGAGCUUGAAAGGGAAAGCAAGGUUGUGGUUCCACCCCUGCCUGGAAAAGCUUUUUUCCGCCAGCUUCCGUUCCGAGGGGAUGACGGCAUAUUUGAUGAUUCCUUCAUCGAAGAGCGAAGGCAAGGGCUGGAGCAGUUUCUGAACAAAGUGGCAGGACACCCCCUGGCCCAAAACGAACGCUGUCUCCACAUGUUUUUACAGGACGAGACCGUAGACAAAAGUUACACACCCUCCAAAAUCCGACAAGCCUAAAUUCGACAAUGGCCACAAGGUUCGGGAAGGUGUGCGCGACCCCCAGGGAAAUCUGUGUGACCCAAAGUUCAGGGUGAAUCAUUUUUAAGCUUCAGAUGCUGUAUUAAUCAACAUACUUUUUUAAACCACAUUUCUCAUUUUUAGUAUUUUGUGGUGCCUCUGAUUCAGCUCUUAAUUGAAAACAAAUCUCAAACAAUUAUGCAUUUAUUGUUAACAGUAAAUAAUAUCUUCCUCUUGAAACAGCACUAACUCAGCUCUUUGAAAAUGACAUUUAUUAGUGAGUUAUAUCUGACAUCAAAUAUGCAUCAAAUCCUCAAGAUAUUCAUUUGACAGGACACUUCUUGAUGUUAAGACCUUUGUACAUGAUCCCUUCCAUGAAAUGGAGCAUGUGUGUUCCUUUAAUACCUGUAAAUGAUUUUUCUAAUGGUGAAACAGUGAGGGAAUGACAGCAUU